AUGGAUGCCAUACUUCAUGGUAACACCAGCAGUGAAGGUUGGAUAGUUCAAAAAUUCGGAGGCACAAGUGUUGGCAAAUUCCCAGAUAAUGUUUCCAACUUGAGCUCGAAUAAGAUUGCUGUUGUCUGCUCUGCUAGGAGUUCUGGCAAGAAAGCAACUGGCACUACUAGUCGCCUAUUGGAGGUCUACAAACAGUUGCGUGCUAUAUCGGCAGCAACAAGUAAUGAGAUCACCCAGAAUGAACUCGUCGAAGCAGCCAAGCUUAUCAUUUGGGAUGUCUGCGAGGAACAUACCCAGGCAGCACAUACUUUUGUGAAAUGCCCCAAUUUGCAAAAGGAACUUACGGCAGGUAUUGAGGCAGACUGUCAGGAGUUAAUAGACUACAUCAUUGCAGCUAAGCGCUUCAAUUUGGAGGUCAAUGCGAGAUCUAAGGAUAGGGUAGUGAGCUUUGGAGAAAAGCUAAGUUGCAGAUUCAUGACAUAUCUGCUAAAAGACCGGCACGUUGAUGCAGAAUAUGUCGAUCUGUCUGAUGUGAUGCAUUACGACAGCUCCGAUCGGUUAAGCCUAGCCUUUUAUAAGGAUGCAGCAUCCAUCUUUCGAAAAAGGCUAGAAGCUUGCAACGACAGGGUUCCAGUUAUCACUGGCUUCUUCGGCAAUGUUCCUGGCAGCUUGAUGGAUGGAGACAUUGGGCGAGGGUACACCGAUCUAUGCGCAGCAUUGGUAGCGGUUGGAAUCAAGGCACAGGAAUUGCAGAUAUGGAAAGAGGUGGAUGGUAUAUUCACAGCAGACCCCACCAAAGUGCCCACGGCCAGGCUCCUAGCAUCGAUCACACCAUCAGAAGCAGCCGAACUCACAUUCUACGGCUCCGAGGUUAUCCAUCAUCUGACUAUGGAUCAGGUGAUCAAGGCUGACCCGCCCAUCCCAAUCCGUAUUAAGAAUGUCAAGAAUCCACGUGGCAACGGCACCGUGGUGGUUCCAGAUCCGGUGCAGUCCCCUGCGCAGCAGAUCAAGAGGUCGCGACCUUCAGAUGCCUCGUUACGAAAACAUCCCAAGAGACCUACGGCGGUGACAAUCAAGAACAAUAUCUCAGUCAUCAACGUACAUUCUAACAAGCGGUCGAUAUCGCAUGGGUUUUUUGCCAAGGUGUUUUCCAUUCUCAACAGUCACAGGAUAUCUGUUGAUCUGAUCUCUACGAGCGAAGUCCACGUGUCUAUGGCCAUUCACUCAACUGCCCCGUCGGUCCGCCAUUUUGAGAAGGCCAAGGCAGAAUUGGAGGAAUGUGGAGAUGUUAGCAUAUUAUUGGACAUGGCAAUAUUGAGCUUGGUGGGUGCUGAGAUGAAGAACAUGAUCGGCAUUGCUGGCCGCAUGUUUUCAACACUAGGAGAGCAUAACGUCAACAUUGAGAUGAUCUCACAAGGUGCGAGUGAGAUAAAUAUAUCUUGCGUGAUAGACGCAAGAGAAGCAUCGAGGGCUAUGAACAUAUUACAUACGAACCUCUUUACAUUUCUUGAUUAG